UCCAAAGUGCGUUUACAUCAGCAUUUUAAAAACACUUAAAAGGUCUUGAUCUUACAAGAGCGGCUGUUGAUUUGUGUUUGUAACGUUAUUGAACUGUUGAUAAGAUCGUAUUCUGGCUGCAAAAUGCAAAAACAGCCAUUGUUUUGCAACAGUCUAUUUUCCUUUUAGCAUUUCUUAAGUAUGCAGCGCUCCAAACCUUCACGUUGGCGGCAAGGUGGGCCUUGAUUUACCGUCAAUCAAUGUUAAAUAUAGCUAGGGCUGUGCCAGAUGAAUAUUGGCCCCUUCGAUCCGCACGGUCAAGACAGAGUCAACGAGACCUAAUAGCCUUGUGGCCGAUCGACAGAGUAGGUACUCAGGCUCUUGCAGGGAAAAGGCCCGGAAAAAACAAGAUGAUAACAGCUAUCCAUCAUCAGUAAUCACCACCAGGCUUAACCAGAUGCCUAUCUGUUCUAUCACGUGACAAUGAAGCAAGGCUGAUUACUAUGUGGAAAGCUUAACGGGACAACGACAUGAUAGAGUCCAAACUGAAAGCGAACAGUGGCAACCGUGGACAGCGGUCUCGACCUGGUUGGUUCUCGCCAGCACAGUAUAGCAGGAAAAAAAAUAGAACAACCGACUUGGGGACCGAUUGUCUACUAAAUGCAUAUAUGGAAAAAGAAAUGCAGUUAAUGAACAGAUCGGAAGUCCCAUUGAGGGCAUCUCACCUUCAGUAACAACAGGAGGUCCGAAAAUACCUACGGAGUUAUUCCUUGGGUCACGCAAACUGCAUUUGGAAAAGAGGAAAGAAAAUAUUAAUUUUUCCAAGGCCAACGUUGUAAACCUUAAGAAAUAUAGGUGUCAGGAAGACGAGAGAGUGGAAAACAGAAAGAAAAUUCGAGAAACGCCGGAGUGCUUUGGGAGUGGACUUUUCAAGUGUGUUAAAUGAAGUGAAAAUAGUCUAGGACUGGGGCGAGCGUUCCCUCUGCAUGGUCGCCUGCAAGAAAGUUGCGUCCAGUGUUGAGAUUUCGCAGCGUGAAAAAAUCGCAUAAAUGUGGUCCGAUUCCUCGCUACAAUGGCAGAGAAGGACCUUUCACCACUUACACAGAAUGUUGUCCGUGGACUGAACGACAAACUUUAUGAAAAACGCAAAACAGCAGCUCUAGAAAUAGAACGGAUGGUAAAAGAGUUUGUGGCCAAUAAUGACGUGAGACAAAUUAAACGGCUGACGUCUGUGCUUGCUGAGGAAUUUGCAGUUUCACACAACAAUCACUCAAGAAAGGGAGGCCUUAUUGGACUCGCUGCUACAGCUAUUGCUCUGGGAAAGGAUGCUGGUCUGUAUUUGAAGAAUCUCAUUCCUCCAGUACUGACCUGCUUCUAUGACCAGGACAGUAGGGUGAGGUACUAUGCUUGUGAAGCCCUUUAUAACAUUGCCAAGGUAGCAAGAGGCUCUGUGUUGCCCUUCUUCAAUGAUGUCUUUGAUGGCUUGAGCAAGCUUGCUGCUGAUCCUGAUCCCAAUGUGAAAAAUGGAGCAGAACUACUUGAUAGGUUAAUUAAGGAUAUUGUGACAGAAAGCUCCUCAUUUGACUUGGUGUCAUUUAUUCCUCUGUUAAGAGACAGAAUUUAUACAGCUAACCCCUUUGCAAAACAAUUUCUAGUCUCUUGGUUGGUGGUUUUGGAUGCUGUGCCGGACCUUGACCUUAUUGCACACCUUCCAGAAUUCCUUGAUGGGCUGUUCAAUAUUUUCAAGGAUCGCAAUGCGGAGAUUAGAAAAAUGUGUGAAGCAGUCCUUGGUGAGUUCUUGAGAGGCAUCAAGAGAGAAUCUAAAAAUGUCAACUUUGCUGACAUGGUCAACAUUUUGGUUAUUCACUCACAGUCAGAAGAUGAGGUGAUUCAGUUUACUGCAAUCACCUGGUUGAGAGAGUUCAUCACACUUUCAGGACGGACAAUGUUGCCGUUCAAUGCAGGAAUUUUGAAAGCAAUAUUGCCUUGCAUGGCCUAUGAACAAGACAAGCAAAAUAUCAAAGAAGUUGUCAAAGCAGUCAAUCAAAGCUUGAUGCGAUUGAUUACAGAAGAUGAUGAUAAAGAUGUGGACAGUGACUCCAUUUCCAUGGAUUGUGAUAACGAUUUUGUUGAACCUCGAACACAGUUAGAUCUUGGCCCAGUGGUGAACGUACUGACCUGCCAGUUAUCACACAAGUCAAUACAAACAAGAAUAGCUGUCUUGCGAUGGAUUUUACUUCUUCAUAUGAAGACUCCUAAUAAGAUAUUUGGUCAAAUUGAGCAACUUUUUCCAGAACUCUUAAAGACUUUGUCUGAUCCCUCAGAUGAGGUGGUCCUUCUUGUCCUUGAAGCACUUGCAGAGAUCUCAGCCUCCCCAGCUGGGCCACCAAGAAACAGUCCCUCACAGAGUAUGUCAGAAUCAAGCUCACCAGCCUCAUCAGAGCAGACAUCUGCACCACACAGGCAACUUAACAAAUACUUUCAUAAGUUUAUGAACAAUGUGAUGUCCUUGUUUAGAACAGACAGAAAGCUGUUAGAGGAGAGAGGAUCAUUCAUUUUAAGGCAACUCUGUCUUCUGCUAAAUGCAGAGGAUAUUUACAGAGCAAUGUCAGAAAUUCUUCUUCAAGAAGAGGACUUUCAGUUUGCCUCACUUAUGGUGCGGUAUUUGAACAUGAUUCUACUCACAUCCAGUGAGUUGUUUGACCUCAGGGAUCAACUAAGGGAGCUAGCAACAGCAGAGAGCUGUUCAUUGUUCUGUUGUUUAUACCAGUCUUGGUGUCACAAUCCUGUAGCAACAGUGUCCCUGUGUUUACUGACACAGAAUUACCAACAUGCAUGUGAACUGCUGAUGAUCUUUGGACAUCUAGAAGUCAAUGUUGAAUUUCUUAUACAGAUUGAUAAACUGGUUCAGCUCAUAGAGUCUCCUAUAUUUACAUUCUUACGUCUUCAACUCUUAGACACACAACACAACCAUUUCCUUCUGAAGUCAUUAUAUGGUUUGCUAAUGCUUCUUCCACAAAGUGAUGCAUUUACAACUUUAAGAAACAGAUUGGACUGUGUACCAAAUGGAAGAGUGCUUUCUUCUGACAUCAGUAAUAACCAAGGUGCACAUGACUUCCCUCUGCGUGAACAUGUACAGAAUAUAAACUUCAAGGAACUCUUACACCAGUUCAAGACUGUGCAGCAGAAACAUUUUAUAAAUAAACAUUCUCGCUCUCCACACCUUGCUAAGAAUUUGUUAAGUGUCUAGUCACGUUCAAAACAUAAAAGAUAUUAACUAAAUUUUAUGAUAAUUUUAAACAUAAGAUAUUUUUCGAGUGUAAAUUACAUAUUUACAAGCAUGGCUUGAUCAGAGAAUUAAAAAGAUAUCUUCCAGUUUAAGAAGAAAUAGAAUAGAAGGAACUGUUAUGCAAGACAUUUGAUAAUAAAAGUGUAUGGUUCACUGUUCUACAGUAUGUAUCACACAGGAGAAACAUUUUUUAUUGCUUUACCCUGCAAUCUGUCAGAAAACAGUGAAAUCUUUGUGUACAAUAUUUGCGUCUACAGCAUACAGGUACUGGAAAGUGCUUCUAUCAUUCUCUGAUUGGGCAACAGGAAUGUCAACUCUGAAGAUUUGACAGGGCAUGACACGAUCAAGUCUACCAAGAAUUUUUUUUUCAAUACUUGUUGUGUUUUUUUGCAUGUUGUAAGUUUGCAUGAUUGCCCUGUGCAUCAUUCUGCCUGAAAUAAUAGAGAGAGUAGCUGUUACAGUGUUUUUAAUAAUUCAGAGCAGAUGCAGGAUAAGACAGGAAUCAUCAAUAAAUCUUGGUACAUGUACUUGUCAUAUUUCCUGUUUACUUGUAAAAUAUUUGUUAUUUCUGAAAUUUAUAAAUGCAAAAGAGAAUUAUGAGCAUUUUCUGAUAGUCAAGGGUACAUGUAUCUUAUCUCACUUACGUGUAUUAGAUGAAAUAUUAAGAAUUAUAGCAAAUAAAAUUUUUUAGACAACUCCCUGACCUAUGAAAAGCAAAGAUAUUAUUAUGUACAUGUAUGGUAACAUAAUAACAUCAUUCCAUAUAUUUCUUGUUUUGUUGUGGCUAGAAGUACUGUGUGUCAUAGAAAGAUGCAUUGUUUGAGAUUAAAAUUUCAAUUUUCCGCAA